GCGCCGAAGCCGAGCCGGGCAGGCCGGGCGGGCGGGGAGGAGGAGGAGGAGCCGGGGCGGGCUGGCGGGCGGCCGGGUGGCGGCGGCGGCAUGGCGGAGCCGAGUGGGGCCGAGGCGAGGCCCCCCAUUCGGGUCACCGUCAAGACCCCCAAGGACAAGGAAGAGAUUGUGAUCUGCGACCGAGCUUCGGUCAAGGAGUUCAAAGAGGAAAUCUCCAGGAGGUUUAAGGCUCAGCAGGAUCAGCUGGUCCUGAUCUUCGCAGGCAAGAUCCUCAAGGACGGGGACACGCUGAGCCAGCACGGGAUCAAGGACGGACUCACUGUCCACCUGGUCAUCAAGACCCCUCAGAAGGCUCAAGAUCCAGCUGCUGUCACUGCUUCUUCCCCAUCCACCCUGGACCCCACCUCAGCACCCUCCACCACGCCCACCUCACCUGCCACCCCCACCCAGGCCUCUGCUUCUGGCGGUGCCGCCUCGGAUGCAGGCAGUGGAAGCCGCAGAAGCAGUGGGGGGGGCCCGUCCCCUGGGGCUGGGGAGGGCCCCCCCAGCGUUACUGCAUCCAUUCUCUCUGGCUUCGGGGGUAUCCUGGGCCUGGGCAGCCUGGGCCUGGGCUCGGCCAACUUCAUGGAGCUGCAGCAGCAGAUGCAGAGGCAGCUGAUGUCCAACCCCGAGAUGCUCUCGCAGAUCAUGGAGAACCCCCUGGUUCAGGACAUGAUGUCCAACCCCGACUUGAUGCGCCACAUGAUCAUGGCCAACCCUCAGAUGCAGCAGCUGAUGGAGCGGAACCCCGAGAUCAGCCACAUGCUCAACAACCCCGAACUCAUGAGGCAGACGAUGGAGCUCGCCCGGAACCCAGCCAUGAUGCAGGAGAUGAUGCGGAACCAGGACCGGGCCCUGAGCAACCUGGAGAGCAUCCCUGGGGGGUACAACGCCCUGCGCCGCAUGUACACAGACAUCCAGGAGCCCAUGUUCAGCGCUGCCCGGGAACAGUUCGGCAACAACCCCUUCUCUUCCCUGGCCGGGAACUCGGACAACUCCUCAUCCCAGCCUCUGCGGACUGAGAACCGAGAGCCCCUCCCGAACCCCUGGAGCCCCUCACCCCCCAGCUCGCAGGCCCCCAGCGCAAGCGGGGAGGGCAGUGGAGGAUCGAGCGCCAGCCAGGUGCACCCAACUGUCUCAAACCCCUUUGGGAUCAAUGCUGCUAGCCUGGGGUCAGGGGUGUUCAACAGCCCUGAGAUGCAGGCCCUGCUCCAGCAGAUCUCGGAGAACCCCCAGCUGAUGCAGAACGUGAUCUCCGCACCCUACAUGCGCAGCAUGAUGCAGGCGCUCGCCCAGAACCCCGACUUUGCUACUCAGAUGAUGGUCAACGUGCCGCUGUUCGCGGGGAACCCUCAGCUGCAGGAGCAGCUCCGCCUGCAGCUGCCAGUCUUCCUGCAGCAGAUGCAGAAUCCAGAGUCGCUCGCCAUCCUCACCAACCCGCGUGCCAUGCAGGCGCUGCUGCAAAUCCAGCAGGGGCUGCAGACCCUGCAGACCGAGGCCCCGGGGCUGGUGCCCAGCCUUGGCUCCUUUGGAAUGUCCCGCACCCCAGCACCCUCUGCAGGCAGCAACUCCGGAGCCCCAUCUGAGGGCCCCACCUCCUCACCCGCCCCGUCAACCACGCCCUCCCAGCCUGGGGCCCAGCGGCAGCUCAUGCAGCACAUGUUCCAGCUUCUGGCCGGAAGUGGAAGCUCCCAGGUGCAGAUGCCAGAAGUCAGGUUCCAGCAGCAGCUGGAGCAGCUCAACUCCAUGGGCUUCAUCAACCGGGAGGCGAACCUGCAGGCCCUGAUCGCCACGGGAGGGGACAUCAACGCGGCCAUCGAGAGACUCCUGGGCUCACAGCUCUCCUAAGCCUGGGCCCACCCCCGCACUCCCCCUCCCCAGGCACCGUCUUGGGCUCCUCGGCCAGUCCCCACCUGCUGCUUGUCACCCCGUCUCCCCCCUCCUCAUGUCCCGAAAGACUGGGUGACUUUGGAGUGCGCGCCUCCGUGCUGCGGCGCUGCCCGAGGCUGUGGGCUGACCUGUGUCCUUGCAGCCGCUUCGCUUCCGCUCCUGCUUCACAGAGCGUGUUCUACGGCCUCUGCGGUUUGUCUCCGGCCUGCAGCCGAGUCUGAGGCAGUGCCCACCCCCCAGUCUGGACGAGGUUCUUCAUCGGUAGCCGCUCUGGUUUCACGCUUCUGUUGACUUCUGGAAACUUCCUUCUCUCCAGCCCCACCUCAGGGCCUCCCAGCUGUAGCUGAGGGGAGGCAGGUAUUCCCUGCUCAGCCAAAAGAUGCUGGGGGCUCCUCCCCCUUCCCGCUGGAAUGACCUGGCCCGGCACUUUCUCAGGGGGCCUGUUGGGACUUCCAGACUAGUUGAAGAGGCAAGGAAGUCACCUCUGAGACCCAGGUAGUCCACCUGGACCAGCCCUGGGGGAUGGAGCAGAGGAUGAGGGGUCUGGAGAGAAAAAGGCAAAGAAGCAAAAAAAAAAAAAAAAAAAGCCCAAGUGGUUGGAAUUGACAGUUAGGGGAGAGGUGCCCAGACCCUCUUGGGCAGAAGCCGGCGGCAGGAACUACAGAGGAGGCUAAGGAAACGGAUGAAUCGGCGAUGAAGGCAGCAGCAGGGCUGCAGUGGUGCCACCCAGCUCCACCCCCAACCACCCAGCCACUCAAUGUACAUGUCCACGAAUGCAGGAGCCAGGAGCCGCCUGUGUUCCACGGUAUACUGGGAUCCGAGCUCCCUCGGGGCCUCCAGAAACUCAUGAAGGGGAUGGGAGCUGUCACAGUUCAGGGCAUACAUGCAGCCUCCCACAUGGGUGCUGAGGUGGAGUGGAAGGGUGGCCUUCGGGCCUGGACAUGAGGUGACCCCACAGGCUGUCAGCUGUGAACACCAUCUCAUGGCUUGGGGAGAGCACGAGCGUCUUGGUCCCCCGGCCCCUGGCCUUGGACACCCCCGUCUCUGCUUUCCGAGUUGAACUGUUUCCUUCUUAGCCAGAAAGUUCUCUCUGCGGAAGGAAGAGGGGCUGGCACAGCGGCCUGCGAUUGGGACUGGAACUCAUGGGAGUUCACUGUCCCUCUGCCGCUUGGCCUGGCUGCGUGGUGGCCCCGGCUGAGCACGGUGGCAGGAGGAGCUGCCACAGCCGAAGCGGGAUGCCCAUGGCGCUCGCGCCCUCCCCACCUCACACCGGCCUUUGUAAAUAAAUGGUGUGGUCUUUGUUGUGAGGGUA